CAAGGAUGUAGAUGAAGAUAAAAGUUGCUCGGGACUGGGAACUACAGCACAGUACAGAACAGUACAGUUCACAGAGAACAAGAUAAUAACCUAUUGAGGACGUGAAACAGGGAAACAGCACUGUGCCAGAGAUGCUGCUGCUCCUAUCCCUGCUGAUCUUCUGUUUGCCACUUGGGGGCGACACCUCACCAAUCACCUGCUACAACGACCAGGGAGAUGCUGUUGAUUGGUUUUAUAUGUACAAGCUGCCUAAAGAUGGCAGAAAAGAUCUCCAUGAGGGUGAGAUGUAUUUACUGCUGGACAAAGGGAGUGAAGGGUGGACUCCUGGAAAGGGGACAAUGAACGACACCACGGGAGCUCUGGGCAGGACAGUUGGACAGCUGUACUCACAAGGAAAGAACACAGAAGUAGCGUACAUCCUUUACAAUGACCAGAAGCCACUUGACAAAAGUGGAGGAAGAGGAGGGCACACAAAAGGUGUCGUCCUGCUGGAUAAAAACCAGGGCUUCUGGUUGGUCCACAGCACCCCUCACUUCCCCCCGGUACGACAGGCAGGACAGUAUUACUACCCAGACAGCGGUGUGAAAAACGGACAAAACUUUAUCUGCAUCACCUUCCCGCUCGACCGCUUCCAGACCAUCGGAGAGCAGCUUCAGAUCAAUCAGCCUAAUGUGUACGACUGCGAUGUCCCUGAGUCCUUGGUGUCCCUGGUGCCUGCACUGGCUGCUGUCUGUGGGAAAAAACAUCUGUCUGGUCACAUCUUUCCACAUAUCAAACCUGUUUCCAAUCGCAGCGUGACUCUGACCUCUAAGGAUGGCACCAACUUUAUCAGCUUUGCCAAAGGAGCCUCUUUUGACAAUGACCUGUACCACUCCUGGGUGGCCCCCACCCUCCAGUCAGACCUCCUCGUCCAGUUCUGGAUUCGCUCCACAGGCAUCCUCCCCUCAGACUGCUCACAGGGCUGGAAAGUCUUGGACAUCACUCUCAUCAACCCUGGACAAACGUUCGCCUUUAAGGCCAGCCAGGACCACUCCAAAUGGGCUGCCAGCCCCACGGCGGCGGCCGGGUCGGGGGCCGGAGGGGGCUGGGUGUGUGUGGGAGACAUAAACCGGAACCAGGCGGAAGAGAAGCGAGGCGGUGGCACGGUGUGUCUGCAGGACCCAGUGGUGUGGAAGGCAUACAGGACAGCGGCACUGGAGUGUGAGGCUUGUGGUGGAGGAACAAUCCAGUGCUGACACCCUGCUGGAGCCAAUAGAUUUAACUGGGCUUAAGGACCGUCAUGGGUUGAUCAGGCUGAGAUAUUAUUCUGCAUGUGGGUUUAUAAGUGAAAUGUUUGCACAUAUUUGGUACAGUGUGUAUAUUUCUCUUAAUGUCUGGUGAAAUUUAUUUGAAAUCGCACAUGUUCAGCAUUUAAAAUUUCUUUUCUAGAAUCAUACACUUUUGUGAUAGUUUUGAGACGUCACAGUCAUUUUCAGAAAGGUUCCCUGUGGAGUUUUCGACUAUUAAUUAUAAUUGACUAUAAUUAACUAGUCAAUUAUACUCAAUUAUAAUUAAUAGACUAUAGUUAACUAGGGCAACACAGUGGUGCAGUGGUUAGCAUUGUCGCCUCAAAGCAAGAGGGUGUCUUGUUUCCAACGCAGGGUGGGUGAACCCCUCUGUGUGGAUUUUGCAUGUUCUUCCUGUGUGAGCGUGGGUUUUCUCCAGGUACUCCGGCUUCCUCCCACAGUCCAAAGACAUGCAGGUUAAUUGGUGACUCUUAACUGCCUGUAAGUGUGAAUGGUUGUCUGUCUCAUUGUGUCAGCCCUGUGAUAGUCUGGUGACUACAGGAAAAAAAAAAACAGGAACCUCUCAAAUUAAAUAACUAAAACUGAUCCAACUUUGGUAGAGAAUAAUGUAUUCAUGUGGGACCUCACUCGAACAGUAAGAGGCUGAUUGAGGAAAUAUGUUUUGGGGGCCUUUAAGGCACAGAAACCUUUUUACUUGUUCAUUUACUUGUUCAGAAUGAUUAUCGGCUGGUAUCAGGGGCUGUUACAUCCUCCUCUCCAAACUAAAUGCAUUCAGAACAAUGCUGGAGGAGGACAAGUAGUCAAAUCUGACAGAAAGUGGAGGGCUUUAUGGGAAAUAUGGCAUUCAUUUUGAAAAACACAAAAACCUCAAAGUGGCACUUUAAAUGAAAGCGUUUGUUCAAGUGUCUUUAUAACCGCAGGGUACUCUUUUAACUGAAACUGAAGAGACAGUGUUAUAAACUGCCUCACUAAGUUGGACUUUUUCCUGUUUAAAUCAACAUUAGAUGAUCUGUGGGUAUGAUCUCAGAGGGCGCAUCAAGCUUUGCUGGUUGACAAUGGAUUGUAUGAGGUUUUAAAGGUAUGAACAUUGUGGGAUUAAUUGCACUACUGUAUGUUUGCCUGAUAUCAGACAGAACUGUCAACUCCAUCUUCAGUCUGACAAUACGUCCACUCUAACUGAUUUCUGUGAGGGAGGUAACUAAUCACUAGAGAAUGAAUUAUCCACUUGAAUCUAACGUCACUGUAAGUUCACACUGAUGAUGAACUGAACAUUCUGGUUUUAAUGGGUUUUUAAAGUAAAGUGGAGCGAAGGAAAAACAAACUACGAUGUCAGGCAAAAUUGAGAAGACGUAUUGGUUUAAAGCAGCCACAAAGGCAGUGUCCGUCUUGUCUAUAGUGAUUGCUAUUGCGGUUAUUCCUUCUCAUUGGUUCCGGCUUGACAAUGGCUUGACAGUGGUGUUAGUCCCACCCAUGGCGCUGAUUGGCUAAUCAUUAGCAGGCUUGUCGUCAGGGAGGGCCAAAGAUAACAGAUGAUGAUCUCGACCGAAGCAGUCCCCCACAAACAACAUUGGACCUUGAAGCCAUUCGACACAGUGGCCAAACCAUGUAACUUCAACUUCUGGGUCCGUCAUGUGAUGCCAUGGGGCCCAAAAAGACGUUUCCCCAUAGACUUACAUUGUGAAAGCGAUGCUUUAAUCCAGUGGAUAACCUUUUUACUUCAUAACCCAUGCAGAAUAACUCCUUUGCAUAUCAUUUGAAUAUCACAAUUUUGAUCGGUUUGGUCUGAUAACAUUUUUAAAAUCUGUAAAAGCUGCCUAAGUUAUUUUUUAAAUAUUAUUUAAGUUUGUGGAGUGCUAAACAGGAAGCUAGGCACCUGGUGCACUUGAUCUAUGGGCCUUGAGGUUUGGAAGAGCUGGGUAAUUUUACACCUAGGGAAGUCAAACUGUUUGGGCUUCAUGUGCUACUGAGCAGCUUUAAUAGGGAUGAAUGGGGCCCCACUUCCAAUGCUGUAUCCAGUUCUUCUUAUACAUCCAUGACCCCAAGGCCCCAUGCAAAGAUCUCUGCGCCACUGUUGGUGGUGUCCAAUUUCAGGGCCCAAUUUGGAAACUUUCGUCCCCUGAUUCAUAAUUCCUGAUUGCAAAAUUUGCUGUUGUAAGUCACGAUGCCAGGAUGAUUCAGCCAACUCAGUGGAGUGGGUGGAUUGAAAGGCCUGACCCCGGGCAACACUAUGUAACAUUCAGCACACAUCAUAUUUCACUGACAAUAUUAAACUACAGACACUGACAACAUUCAGGUGUGAGGAAUGCUUUAAUAGUUUGUUUUAUGAUUUCUUGUGUAAUUAACUGGAUUGUUAUGAGUGUUUAUGAAUAACAAAUGUGCUUCUCUUUUUUUGUUAGAUGCCUUAGAAUUGAUAUUUUCAUCACAUUUCCACAUACAUUCAUUGAUUUUGCGAGAAGAUGAAGAUGCUGGCUAUCUUGAAUCUGAAUAAAAAGAUUAAAACAGA